CCCUAACGGAUCGUUGGGAGCUACCGAGGGGCUGAACUGGGAGCACUGGUGUGGACUGGGAGCGCUGGCCUGUACUUGUCCCGUCAUGGCGCUGCCAUCCGCUGGUCUCCUGCCCGGGCUUCUGCUGGUGGCCGAUGCUCUGGCACUGGUGUUACUGGUGCCGCUGGUACCUGUGCUGGCUCCGCUGGGCGUGGCGGGCGCGUGGCUCGAAGCCGCCUUGCGCCUGCCCGUCCUGACCGUGGCCACCUGGCUACUAGCCCCGCGCCGUCCCCCCGGAGCCACCGCGGCCGCCCUCACGGUCGCCGCCACCCCCGCAGCCUUCGGAACCUUCCGGUACCUUCUGGGGCCGCCCGGGGCUGGCCCGGGGCUGUUGGCGGCCGCCUCGCCCGCCUGGCUCGGAGUCGCCCACGCAGCUGCCGCACUGGCCCUGCUGGCUUGGGCCGCACCCCCGGUUCCCGGCGGUGUCGCCGAGACCCCCGACCACGUCCCCAAGGCUCCUGGCACCGUCUGGCGCGUUCUGGCACUAACCUGGGAGGAGCGGAACGUCCUCGGAGCUGCCGUCUUCUGCCUCGUGCUGGCGGCCAUCGGGGAGACAUCAGGACCCUAUGUCACUGGGAAGGUGCUGGAUGCCAUCGGAAGUGGGGAUGGACUCACCACCGGAGCUGUCGGGAUGGUGGCGGCUGCUGGAGCCACCAGUGUGCUGUUUUCUGGGUGCCGUGGGUGCUUAUUCCUGCUGUUGAAAGCACAUCUCCGUCAGAAGCUGAGCCUCCGGCUCUUUUCCCACCUGGUGCACCAAGACUUGGAUUUCUUCCAGGGAACGCCGGCAGCUGAGCUCUUGGCUCGGUUUUCCAUGGAAGUGCCACUGGUGUGCUUGGCAGCACCAGCUGGAGCCAACCAGCUGUUCCGAAGCCUGGGAAUGGCCCUGGUGGUGGGGGCAUUCAUGGUGGGGCUGGCACCGGGACUGGCGCUGCUGGCGCUGCUGGAGGUGCCCCUUGGAAUCGCCGCUCACCGCAUCCAGAGUGCCCGGAAGCGGGCACUUCAGCGAUCCAUGCUGGAAGCAUCUGCCCGGACAGCCUCGGGGGUGCAGGAAUCUGUUGCUGCCAUCGAGACAAUCCGUAUCUUUUCGGCGGAGGGGGAGGAGGAGGAGCAACACAGCUGCAACCUGGCCAAGGAGCUGAGGCUGAGGGAGCAGAUGGAGCUGGAGCUGGCAUUCUUCACCCUUGUCCACAGGAUGCUCCAACUGACCAUCCGGGUUCUAGUGCUCUUCCGGAGCCACCAGCAGCUCCGAGAUGGAUACAUCACUCCUGGGGUCCUUGUCACCUUCCUGCUGUACCAGGACACGGUUGGCAGCCAUGUUCAGGUGCUGCUCUAUGCCUUCAAUGUAUUCCUGACCAAUGUGGCUGCCGGAGAGAAGAUCUGGGAAUACCUGGAUCGGAAACCCACAAGGGAUGUUGGGGGGACACGAGAGCCCGCUGAGCUUCAGGGCCAUGUCACUUUUCAGAAGGUCUCCUUCACGUAUCCUGGGAAUCCAGAGCGCCCUGUGCUGAAGGAUGUAACCUUCGAAGUGCGUUCUGGGGAGGUGACAGCACUGGCAGGGCCCAAUGGAAGUGGGAAGAGCACGGCCGUGGCACUGCUGGAGCGUCUGCGGGAUCCUGAGAGUGGGAGGGUGCUGCUGGAUGGGAUCCCGCUGCCAGAAUAUGAACACCAGUACCUGCACCGGAAGGUGGUGCUGGUGGAGCAGGAUCCUGUCCUGUUCUCCGGAACGAUCCGUGAAAACAUCAUGCUGGGGCUGGAGCACUGUAAAGAGUCAGAGCUGGAGGAGGCUGCCACUGCUGCUGGAGCCAUGGACUUCAUCCGGGGGCUGGAGCAGGGCUGGGACACCGAGGUGGGGGAGCAUGGGGGGCGGCUGGCAGCAGGGCAGCGGCGCCGUGUGGCCCUGGCCCGGGCUCUGCUCCGGCGUCCGGCCGUCCUCAUCCUCGACGAGUCACUGGAUGAUAGAAACGAGGGGACGGCACAGCGCUGGGUGCGCACUGGGCUGGCCCGGACUGUGCUGGUCGUGUCCCACCGGCCGUGGGUGCUGGAUGCUGCUGAUCGCCUCGUGGUGCUGGAGCAUGGAGCUGUGGUGGAGACUGGAACACCAGCUGAGCUGCGGGAACGCUGCGGGGCCUACAGCCGUCUGCUCCUUGGUGGAGGCAGCACUGGGGGACCUGAGACCCCCAGGAUGGGCAGCAAGAAGGGGGCUGCAUCUCGCGGGGAAUAGAGGGGAAUUAGCCCCAAUGUCCCCAUUCCUGGUGUUUGUGUCCCCAGCCAGCUCCUUCUGUCCCCAGUCAGUGUCCUGUGAAUUCCUUAUCCCAACGCCAUGUGUUGCCCUGGUCCCUGUGUUCCCCCAGGUCUGCCCAUUCCCUGGAUCUCUGUGUCCCCUGGAUCCCCUCUCCCCAUGUCCCCUGGAUCCUUCCCUAUGUCCCCCAUGCACAGAUCACCCAUAUCCAAGCCCCACCAUGUCCCUAUGAUCUCUGGUCCCUGUGUCCCCCAUGUCUGCUUCUGGACAUGGGAUGCAGAGUGGGAAAUAAAUCCCAAGGGAUGGAUCUGGGUGUGGGUGUCAUAGCCUCAUCCCACUGCUGCUGCGCCCCACUCCAAGCUCUUGGUGUCCCCAGUCCUUUCCCAGUGUCCCCAUCCCUACCCCCACUGUCUUCAUCCCAGUUCCCUAUGUCCCCUUUUCUAUUCCUGGUUCCCAGAGAGGAACUGCUAGGCACUGGAGGAGGGAAGUGGGAUUUAUUGGUGUUUUCACACCAGAAUUAAAAUUUUUGUAUUUAUGUUUAAUUACUUGGAAUAAUUGUAAUUCUUGUGUUGAAAACAUGGGAAAACAGGAAGUCAAACUCUUGGCAAGGGCUGCAGCGUGAUGGGUGGGAGCAGCAGUUUGCUGCAAUCUGCCAGCAAUU